CUUAUGGAUGUUUGCAAUUUAAUACCAAGGAAUUUCACAUGUGUGGAACAAAGUUCCCAAGAGUUGCAAUAAAAAAACAAAGUUUUGAAAAUGGAAUUAGGUCCCACAGAUGUGAUGCAGCGCAGGGGAGCGCUGACUUUACGCUCCAGCUUUGCCCGCUAUGGGAGACCGACUCUUGUGUACGGCUGGCAUCAAAACAGAGAGACUGAACCAAAGGAUUAUGACAUACAUGAAAUUCUUUUGGGGUCUAAAAAUUUAUGUCGCUCUACCUACUGGAGGCUUGGAACCAUAAAUGAGAAAUGGAUAACCACAUAUCAAGAUUAUAUGUCACAACCCUUUAGAAAUAAGGAGUAUCGGGAAUUAAACAUUAAGAAGCCCCUGUUGGAUGAAGAUAGUUUUGAAGAAGCAGUUAUUAGCAGGGAGACAGGGCUUCCUGAAACAGGUGCUGGAGCUGUAUUGCCACGUCAUUCCCCAGAUCAUUUUACAAUGUUUCUGGACACAGUUUACCGGAGAGACUAUGUUCCUCCAUAUGACUAUACUCCAUAUGUUACUGCUCAGCUAGGAGGAUACUCUGUGAUUCACAGAAAAUGUCAUUCUCAGUUUACUGAUACAGCAGACUACAGAAGACAAGGAAUCAACACAUGGCAGGAUGAGAGUGGAAUAUAUGCCAACUCAGAUCUAAAGCAAAAAGUUCUUCCUGUAACUAGCCCCAUACUGUCGAAUUUGAAUGAAGAUACUUAUUUAAUUGCUGAAUGA